UGUGCGGAGUCUGACAGGCCUAUCUGCUGCCAACAUGAACAUCCGCCGGGCUCGGCCAGAUGACCUGAUGAACAUGCAGCACUGCAACCUGCUCUGCCUGCCCGAGAACUACCAGAUGAAGUACUACUUCUACCAUGGCCUCUCUUGGCCCCAGCUCUCCUACAUCGCUGAGGAUGAGGACGGGAAGAUUGUGGGCUAUGUCUUGGCCAAAAUGGAAGAGGAUCCUGAUGAUGUCCCUCACGGACAUAUCACCUCACUGGCUGUGAAACGCUCCCACCGGCGCCUUGGCCUGGCCCAGAAGCUGAUGGACCAGGCCUCUCGGGCCAUGAUUGAGAACUUCAGCGCUAAGUAUGUAUCCCUGCAUGUGAGGAAGAGCAACCGAGCAGCCUUGCACCUUUAUUCCAAUACCCUGAACUUCCAGGUUAGUGAGGUAGAGCCCAAGUAUUAUGCAGACGGAGAGGAUGCUUAUGCUAUGAAGCGAGACCUCUCGCAGAUGGCGGAUGAGUUGAGACGGCAGCUGGUGCUGAAGAAAGGUAGAUACGUGCUUCUGGGUUCCAAGGAGAACCCACUUCCUGGUUCUGAAGAGGCCUGUCAGCAGGAGAACCUGGACGGAGGUGACAGUGGCAAUGACGGCAAAGAUACCACUGAUGUCCAAGACAGCUUGCAGACCUUAGGGUCCGCCUCCUAGGUCCUGCCUGAGCACCGCAGAUCUUUGUAUUUUAGCCAUAUUGUUCUUGGGAACCUUGCUCUGGGCUCAUCUCCCAGUGACCUGAAUGGCUCUCCUUUAAAGCUUAGCAGUGCAGAACCUGUGCGAUCCUGGAGGCAUGCCUGGACGCAGAACCUGCUGUGCGGGAGUCAGGGAAGCCCAGGGCCUGCCGUGCAGCCCUUUCUUGGCUUCUUCGUGCUGCCGUCAGGUUCUGUUCAGUAUGUUCUGACUGUGUGUAUCCUGCAGGUUUCUGCCUAGAAUGCCAAACGGGACGUGGGGACAGCUCGAGAAGAUCCCCAGCUUUCAGCCUUUGCCAUUAUUUAUCUGGGUUUUUUUUUCUUGGAGUAGGCAGAACCAUCAAGUUAGUCCUCAUGCCCUCUGCCCCUGUUGGGGGAAGUUCCCUACUCUUGCUUUGUGUGGAAGCUGCCCGGGCCCUGCCCUCCGUCUUUUUGAAGAAGAAUGUUUCCUUUCCUGUGGGAAAAGGUGAUAGGUGUUGGACUAAUACGCAAGCAGAAUUUGUAGAUCUAAAGAAAGAACACUCGGAAAUUAAAUUGCAAUCUCUAACCUGAAAAAAUAAAAAUAUAAAAAAAGUA